AUGGCGGACGAUACACGGCAGCCUGACGCAUCUCCUACGGAUGAAAACCCUCAGUCAGAUGCCCGUCCCUUCACACGGCCGAAACCCAAACAUGACUUCCCAAAAACUCAAGCUGGCAAAAUGUGGGAAAUGCUGGGGAAUCCUGCGGAGCCCGCAAAUACCUUGCCCGGAGGAACGUACAAUUCAGCAGGUGGCAAACCUCCCGAGGUGACUUGGAGAGAUGCCUUCAACUUCUCAUACGGAGGAAAAGGUCCUUCAUGGUACCAGGUACCAUGCGCAAGAGAUGCAUUGCUGGUCGGUAUAGCUUCUGGGGGGGCAGUAGGCGGCGCAAGAUUUAUACUGAGAGGACUGUCUUCCAUGUUAAUCACCACCAACCUGGCAGUCGCCGGAUUCGCACUCUCGGCUUCCGGAAUGUACUAUUGGUGCGAUCAACGACGGCGAGAGGAGGCAAGAGGCAUGGCAUUGGCUGUUCAGGGCAUGAGGAUGCUGCAUGAGAAGAAAGCUCGGGAGAAGGCUGCUGAAGAAGCUGCACGAGCAGCAGCGGCCGCGGCUGUCGAGGAGCAGGAAAGGAAACGAAGAGCGCAUUGGUACAAGUUCUGGUAA